CUUACAUAUAUAAUUAUUUUGUUCGGUACAUUUUCAGUCUACAUUUGUUUACAUCCUGCGAUCAAUCUUCCUUGCAAAAAAAUGAUCAAGAAACUUCCGGGUUAUUAUAAAGUAUUUUACACAAACGUGAAUACUGGCCGAAAAGGUGGCAACUAUCCAGCUUGUGAUACGAAAAUAGAGCUGGCUGGCUCAUGUACUGCAACAGCAUCUACCACAGAUACGAAGCUUGAAAGAAAUUGUGAACGGCAGAGAAGAGACACCGGCAAGAAGAAAACACAGACGACGAAUUUCUAUUGCGCCGGUUCGACCUCGAGAUUCACGGACGAAAAGAAACUUCCUGAUUCAUAUGAGUAAACCUGGAUCAGAAAAGUGGCGGCCUAUGGCCAUUUCUAAUCCAUCAACUCGGCUACGUAUGGCUCGCACGAUGCCACAUUGGGUCAUGGCCCAAGAACAGCAGCGUUCAACAAAUCAACCUCGACGACCGCCAACACCGCCUAAGGUACCACCCCCUUCCCUGACUGGAGACUGUGGUGAUCCGGAUUACGAAGUAAUUGAAUUCCCAGGACAAAAUUCCGUCCAGCAGAGUGGCAUGCCAACUAAAGCAUUAGGAAUGACAUCAGUUGACAUAAAAAAAUGUGCUUUAUGUGGUGGGCAAAAUUUAUUUGCCAGGUGUGAUGCUUGCAAUGAAAGCUUUUGUGAGACCUGCGAUGAUAUGAAUCAUAAACAUCCCAAAAGACGUGGUCACGUACGAAGAAGAAUUUAUGAUGAACAUAAAAACUGUAAAACUAGACCACCACUUCCGCCAAAGGGUGAAGCACACUUGAAUCCACCAGUUCCACCACCAAGAAGAAAUCGUAGAAAUACUCAGGCAAGGGCGUCGAAUAAUCAGGCUCCAGGAAGCAUUUCGUUGACCGAUAAAAUUGGAACUCUAAAAAGAAACAGCAUCGAUGUUCAAGAAAGGCCGUUACCAGCUACUCCAAAUUCAAAUUUCAUUACUUCACGGUCUGUCCAGUCACUCAAUACAUCUACUCCUGAUGCUACUACUUCAGGAAUCGAUAAAAUGUCUACACUUCAAGAAAGAUACCGGAAGUAUCAGGAAGCAAUGAGAGCCCAAGAUGCUAAUAGGCGCAAACUUCCAGCACCUGAAAUAACCAAAGACUCUUUUAACCCUAGACCAUUGAGUCUCGGCAGUUCUAGAACCUGUUUAAUCCCACCUCCUCCUCCUAGAGGAAUGGUUCAAUCCUCAAGUGUUUGUGAUUUAUCUACUCAACAUUUAUGGAAUCCUGGAAUGCAACAGGCUCAAUCUAUGGCACAAUUGGCUCCAAGAGGAAUGCCCAUGAUGUGGUAUCCACCCGGAACACCUUGGGAUAAUUCCCUAAGUGGAUCGACAAUGAGUUUAAAUCAUCCAGCAGCUAUGUGGCCAUAUCCUGUGGGCUAUAAUCCUGCAGCUCUUCUUCCUCCGCAUUACCCAUCAGCUAGUAUGUCUCGAUGUCACAGUCCAGCAAGAAGUUAUAAAUCUAGCAGACGUAGUAGAGCAGCUUCGCCAUCACCAAGUCAGAAAUCGAGAAAAUCAAUGGUUUCGCGAUCUAGAAGAUCUCCUGAUUCACCUUCUGAUGCCAGCUCUGAAGAGUCUGAUGACUCAGAUUUCGAUGAUCGGUUGUCAAGAAGCUCGAGAAAUAUUAGGAGGACAACUUUACAUAGGCGGUCUGCUGGAUACCCUGAUGUUGAUGACAAUAGAUCUACUAUGUCUCGAAGCCGUCGCAAUACAUGGAAAUCAGACGAUAGAAUUAACGGAAUUCAUUCAUCAGCCAGGAAUUUAGACUACGAUGAUUUAGAUAGUCGAUCGAUGUCUUCUAGACAACAUUCAGAAAACGAUGAUUUUCGAAGAACACGAAGAAAUACUUUAGAUUACCCAUCUCGACAAAACUCCGAAACUGAUGAUAGUCAUGGAAGAAGGCGUUCUGGAUCCAUUAAUGUCAGUUCUCGGGGACGUUAUGUACCUUCUCGCCAUAAUUCUGAAACUGAAGAAGAACGUAGAUCACGAAGAAGGUCUGAGUCUGAGUCAAAAGACGAGAAAUUAUCAAGAACUAGUAUGAGUGGUACUUUAAGAAACCGUAAAAAAGCUAACCCUGAAAAUGACGUCUCCGACAAGAGAUCAUCUAUUAGAAGCCGUUCCAGAGCUAAUUCUUCAGAUGAUACUGAACACUUAUCUAAAAAAGGACAACAAAUUUCAAACAGCAUGAAGGAUCCUCAUGCCAAUUCUGAUAGCAAAGAGAAUCAAAAAUUAAGUCCAAGAGAAGUUGAAAAAUUGUUAGAUAAGAAAUUAGAAGAAACAAGGACUGAAAAAUCUAAAAGCAAUAUUCAAGUAUCAAGUGAAAAUACUGCUUCUACAAAGGCAGUAACUAAAAAACCUCAAAGUCCUAUUCCACCUGUUACUGCAUCAUCUCCAAAACCUUCAACACAAAAGUUGAUAGAAAAUGAAAAAGAAUGGACCUGUGAUCAUUGCACAUUUAUCAACGAAAUCAAGGAACGUGUUUGUAUUGUUUGUUGUAAAACAAGAAAAAGUUUAUUGCCACCAAGUCCAGUUAAUAGUCCAGAGUCUUCGGCAAAUGCAGAAGAAUCAAGUCCAGAUCCUGUACCCAAAAGUCCAAGUGUAAAAUUGUCUAAUGGUGAAGAGAGUGGUGAUAGUACUGCUACACAGAAUAAAGAUUUAAAUAUUGAAAAUGUUUCUCAAAACGUUAUCGGAACAGAACCGGAGAAUGUAGAAUUAAGAGACUUGAAUGAUAAAAAGCCUGAUUCACCUCCUAAACUAGUACAAAAAAAUCAGACUUCAACAUCCACAUCGCCCAUUAGAGAUGUCGUUGAGAUAAAAUCAUCUAAACCAGAACAAGAAUUGUUUUCCAGACCAGUAUCCAUUCCAGAAAUACCCAUUCAUACCCAGACGGUUGGUACUUCAUCAGGACCUUCACCAGUACCAUCGAUAACUGCUACAGAAAGAGGAACCUCUCCACCUCCUCAAAGUAUCGCUACUCAGACUUAUGAUGUACCUCCCCCAAAGGAAAGAAAAGUAAAAAGAUCCACUUCAUAUUUAGAACAAAGAGAACCAUUUUAUCAAGAUGAUAGUGAUUUAGAGGAACCAAUAGGAUAUACAAAUAGUCCAGACCUUUAUCCUCGAGUCCACCACCAAUACCAUGUCCAGCCAACAUCACCAUCACUAGGAACCAGAAGAAAUUCCAUCGAUUCAAGCCAUCUUUAUUAUUAUCCUAGGGAAAUAAAUCAAACACGAACUCCUCAUGAGAUACCCGCACCUUCUCCAACGUUAUCAACUUUAACACGCCAAGGAAUGGAAAUAGUUGAACUUUUGCGAGAAGCUGAACGCCAAGGUUUUUCUGCAGAUGAUGUUCAAGUGGCACUAGCCCAAGGAGCUGCAAAUCCAAUGGAAUGGUUGAAAAAUCAGUGGCCACAUUUAAUUGAAACUGUUCAAAUUUUGGUGACUACUAGAGGAAAAGAAAUGCUAGAUAGCGAGAACAAUAUUGGAAUUUUAACUCCUAAUGAAGCUAAAAAAAUCCUUAGAGAAUGUAAGGGAGAUGUUUGGACUAGUGUCACUAAAGCUAUUCAACAAAGACAACAAAAGGUUGCGGGAAUUAUGAUGAAAGGUAAUUUUUCACUUGUUGAUGUCGUUCAAGCUCUAGAUCGUAAUAACGGUAAUGAAGAUAAUGCUCUAUUGGAGCUUCAAAGAAAUCAAUUAAAGCCAUUUCUAAUGCGUAUUUGGGGUCCACCUGCUGGGGCGGAAAAUGAUGAAGCUGCUCCUCGUAUGGAUGCAGCUGAUGUGCCUGGAAUUUUUGAACGCACACAAGCAUCGUUGGAUUUGGAUGCAAUGAAGCAGGUAAUAUUAUCUUCACUUGAUAAUUUCAACUUGCAGGCUGGAAAUCAACAAAAAUCUACAUCAUCUAGGCAAAGCCCUCAACCUUUAUUUGACGCUACUCUUCCUACCGUAGUUGGUGGCAAUUCGAAUGAUUUAUUAACCAAUUAUGAAAAUAUCAAUUAUCAGCACCAAUUAUUGAGUGAAGAACAGGUCAAUGAAAAUUUAGCAAAUAAAAAAAAUCUUAUUACUGUAAAAACUCAGCAGAAACAAAUUGAUCAAUCAGUGCUUGGAAAUACUAAUAUAAAUAAUACAGUGAGUAUAGAAAAUUCCAAGAAUAUUGUUGAAGACAUAGCAGCAAACGAUACAGCUAAAGCUAAAAGUAGCGAGGAAAAGUCAAUAAACGAAUUGGCACAGAUAAAUCAGACUAUUCAUCAGAAUUUAGCUGUAGAGAAUUUAUUGAUAGCUGUGAAGUCAUUGCCUGAACAAGUUCUUGGGUCGUUGACUACUGCCGUGCAAGAAUUAUCGACUAAAUUAGAGUCUGAUGUUCAGGGUGAAGAAAAAAAGGUCAAUAUUCCAAUCAUCGAUACUAAUAUCGAUGAAGUUGCACAAAUUCCAAAAAUAGAAGAUAUUAAAAACGAUCAGAAUGUAUUAAUUGAAGAAAAAAAAAUAAUGAAGAAAAAUGAGGAUGUAGAAUUAUUAAAUAUAAAAGAAAAUAAUAAACCAGAAGAAAAAAAUACUGAUCGUGAUAAUCCUAAUAUUAAUAAAAAUUCCAAUCUGUCAAUUCCAGAGAUUAAUAAUAUAAUUUCAUUAUCAGAUACAGACACGAAAAAAAAUCAACUUCAUCAUCUUGAGGAAGAAAUACAGAAAAUCGAACCAGUAGUAGAGACCAAAUUUCUUGAAGAAAACAAGAAUGAAAAGAGAGUAGAAAAUAAAGAAAAAGAAAUUGACAGAGUAUUGAGACAUUCGAUUUUAGCAUUUGAUGAACAAAAACAAAAUAUAGAUGCGAAAAAAAAUCAUUCGAGUUUAGGAAGACAACCAGAAAGGACUGAUGAUAGCAUUAAAAAGACAGAUAGUCAGAGAAUGGUUUUAUUUGACACAGAAAAGACUGUUCAAAAAAAAGAACUAAUUAAUCCAGUAGAAAAUUUAGAAGAGAAUAAUAAUCAAAAAUUAAAGAAUGAAAAUAAAUCAAUUCCAACAGAAAAAGUGAUAGAAAAAAAAUCCAAAGUUAAUGAAAAAAAAGAUAUAAUAUUGAAAGUUGAUGCAAAAAAAGAAGUAAAGUUGAGAGUUGAUAAGAAAGAAGAAAUAAAAUUAGAAAAUAAUACAAAACAAGAAGCAAAGUUAAAAAUUGAUGAAAAAGCUGAAGUUUUAGAAAAAAAUGAACAAGUAUUUGACAAAGCGGUAUGUACUAGUUCUAAAUUUAAUCACACAAAAGCUGAUGUUGUCAAUACAAUAAUGGAGCAAGAAGUUAACCAAGCUCCAGCGCGCAUGAAUGCAUUAAAAUUAUUAAAAAACAGAUUAACUAACAUGAUAUCAAAAUUUCCAUUAUCAAAGGCAUCCAUUACAUCAAUGAAAAUUGGAAACAUAACUGAAAAAAUUGAUCAGAAUGAUCAACCAGCUUUAUCAAAAUUAGAUAACAAAGAAUUAUUGGAUUCGUCAUUAAUUCAUUCAUCUAGCUCUAACUCUAUUAAUAACGCUGAUCUAUGCGAUGCUUCUCAAUGCAUAAUUCAUGAUAAUAAUAAUCAUAAUAACAACAGCAACAAUACUUAUAAUGAUGAUAUGGAGAGUGAAGAUUUGAGCUUAGCUUAUGACACUGCUUUAGAUCAUUCAGAGUACAGCAAAUUAGAUGAUAUUACUAUUUCCACCAGCACGGAAGCGUCUUCUAGUACAGAUAGUUUUCCGAAAAAAGAACAAUCGAAUAAAAUUUCCUCAUUAAACGAGGAUUUAAGUGUUAAUUUGGGUACACAAGGUGCACAGACAAGUGAGUUAGUUCAAUCAUUUCAGAAUACUCUAGAUGAUUCAGAAAAUAAGGAAAUCAAAGAUGUUAAACGCAGUUCAAUUUACAUAGAACCUUUGUUGAUUCCUAAAGAUAAAGGAACAUCUAAUAUAACUAAAAGUUUUACCAAUCAUGCGAAUAUUGAAUUAAAAAUGAAAAAAGAAGAAACUUCAGACCAAGAACAGUCGAAAGUGGACAAUCAAGAAGAUAAAGUAGAAAACAAUUUCCAAAACAUUGAAUUGGACGAGAAAGAAUUGAGAGAUGAAACUAGUCAUGUACAACUACAAAAAAAUAAAAAUCAAGAUGAAGGAAAUCAUAUUGAUGAUGAAGAUAAAAAGAUAGAGGAAAGUAUUAAUAAAAAUCAACAAAUGCUAAAAGAUGAACCGAAAAAUGUAGAAUAUGACCAAAUAAUUCUAGAAAGCAAACAUCGAGAUACUGAAAAUGAAAAAAUUAUUAUUGAACACUUUGAAAAUGAGUUAGUGAGUGAAACUUCUAGUGCUCCAGAAGUAUUUGAACUAAAAAUUACUGAAUCUCCUUUGAUACCAGUCAAUGAUGCUGCUCCAAUCCAGGAAUCAGUAGUUCGUGGAUCCUUAAAGAUAAAUCUAUCAAAUGAAAUUAUUACUAAAAGACUCAGAUUUGCCAGCCAACAAUUAUUGUCAAAUGAUUCUGUAGAUUCUGUAGAGUCUUUGAGCGUUUCUUCUCCAGAUAUUGCUACAGUUGAUUCCGUCAUGGAAACAUCAAUUGGAAUUAAUGAAUCUGUAGUGAAGUUGAAUGAAAUAGUUUGUAAUUAUUAUCAAGGUCCAGUGAAUAAGACUAAUCAAAAGUUAACUAAAUCAAGAUCUAAAUCUCCAGUUAAAAAAGCAUAUUUACUAAGAGUAUUGCCAUCAAAGAGAUAUUCUAACGCUUUUACUAGAAAAAAUGGCACACAAGGAAAAGCUCCAAAGGAUUUAGCAUUAAAUAGAGCUAAAGAAAUAGCUGAUAGAGUUACUCAGAAAGAACUAGUGGUUGCUUCAGUUCAAAGUCAAGUGAAAAAAGUACCAGUUAUUAAUAAAAAUUCAGCACUUUUGUGUUCUAAAAAUGAAAAUCCAAGUAUUCCAAACGAUAAAAAAAUUGUUGAUAUAAAAAAUAAUAUUAAUAAAGAAACAUUGCUUGAAGCAGAUCAUCCAUCAAGUUCAACUGUAAAGAAAUCUAAUGUCAGUGAUAUAAAAAAUAGCAAAACAUUAUCAAAAAUUCCAAUUUAUCGAAAGAAAAACUUUGUUAGUGGACAAACUGUUUCAGUAUCGAGUCAAAAAAUUAUUGAAGUGAACGUUUCAAAACCAACUAAAGCUAAUUUCCAGGUUCCAAGAAGAAUUAUUCCAGUAUUGCACCCUUUAGCUGCUUCUUCUAGUAAAAAUAUUGAAGUCAAUACAAGAAAGAAGACUGAUGGUGAAACAGUUAAGGUGAAGCAAACUGAUUUAUCCAAGUUAGAAGUAAAUAAAAAACAAGUUGAAGUGAGUAAAGAACCAAAUGGUAAAGGAAGUGUUUUAUCCAAACAUCAGAGUGAUGUUAAAAAUUUCAAAGUUAAUGAAGAAAAAAUUAAUAAACAAGAAAAACAACAACCAGUUAGGGAACAAGAAGUAAUAAAACCUGAAAUAACAUUAAACUGUUUAGUUGAUGGUGAUAAUGAAGACCACUCUUCUGAGUCUUUGUCUUUAUCUAAGAGCUCUGAUGAAUCUACUGCUAAAAAAAUAGAUAUUAAUAAUGAAUUAUGUGAUCAAGACAGUAAAGAUCAAGUUAAAGAUGAUAUUAAAACACAAAAUAACGAAAAUGGAGAUGAUGAAGAAGAAAAGCAUGGAGGAAGUGAUUUAGAAGAAGAAUUUGAAGAGGAUGAUGAAGAAAAUGAGGAUGAGUAUGGGGAAGAAAUAAUAGAAGAAGAAGAAAGUUCUGAAGAUUUAGAAAUAAUAGAAGAUGAGAUCACAGAAAAUGAUAAGACCAGUGAUUCUGAAGUUAGUGAAAUAAAUUCAGAAGAAUCAGUAAUCUUAAGAAAAUCUGAUUCCACUGAUGAUGAAUUAACCAGUGCUGAAAUAAUGUUGAAAAAAACAUUAGCUAAUAUCAAAGCAGAAAUAACAGAUUCCGAAGAUGAAGAAGAAGAAGAAGUCAGUAUUAAUUUAAAUAGUCAAGAAUUGGAGAAUAGUAAUAGUGAAGAGGUGUCUGAACAUUCAGAGUAUAAUAUACUUAAAGAUGAUCAACAUAGAGAUAGUGUAAAUAAAGCUGUAGAAAUUAGUGCUGAUGUUUCUGUUGAAUCUACAAUUAUACUUAAAAGAUCUAAAUCACCUAGUCCUAAUAAAUUAUUAAUUAGUAUUAAUAAUAAUGCUAAUCAAAGUCAUAGUAGUAAGCAUGAUUUAAAUAAAGAAAAGCCAAAAGAUGAAAAAAAAUCCAAUGUAGCUCCAGUAGCUUCUCGGAGACUGCGAGUUUCAGAUCCAGAAAUUAUUAUAAAAAAACAAACUGAGCCUCGUAAGAGAUUUUCAAUAGUAGCAAGUUGUAUUCAACAAUUCGAAGGCGAAAGUUCUAAAGAAAGGAGAAAAUCAUGUCCAUCUAGAUCAGAACAAAGUUUAAAGAAUUUGUACGACAAGCCACCAAGAAAUGAGUCGGAGAGAACUGCAAGACGUCUACUAGCAGAAGGUCGAGUCGCCAACUAUGAUCAAGCAGAAAUAGCAGCAAGUUUGAUAAGUCUAAAAUUCCAAGAUGAUGAAGCCCUCAACGCUGCCAAAGAAUGCACUAGUGUUGAAUCAGCCAUUGCAUUCCUUCAGCAAGAAUGCGAGCUUUGUACUGGACGAUUUUCGGUUAAUCAGAUGGUUUCCAUGUUGAAGUGUAUUCAUAGAUGCUGCAAUGAAUGUGCAAAGAAUUAUUUUACAAUUCAAAUUAGCGAUAGAAAUAUAAUGGACGCUGUUUGUCCGUUUUGUAAAGAACCAGACCUGAAGGAUGCUAAUGAAGAUGAUGUUUUGGAGUAUUUCAGUAUUUUAGAUAUUCAAUUGAAAUCAUUAUUGGAUCCACCAAUUCAUGAACUCUUUCAGAGAAAGCUAAGAGACAGGACCUUGAUGCAGGAUCCGAACUUUAAGUGGUGUGCUCAAUGUGAAAGUGGAUUCUAUGCCAAUCCGGACCAAAAAAGGCUAAUUUGUCCCGACUGUCGAUCAGUUACAUGUGCAUAUUGUCGAAGACCUUGGGAAAAACAACAUGAAGGAAUAACAUGUGAACAAUUUGCUGCAUGGAAGGAUGAAAACGAUCCAGAUAAUCAAGCAGCUGGUUUAGCAAAACAUUUAGCAGACAAUGGAAUCGAUUGUCCUAAAUGUAAAUUUCGAUAUUCACUUUCUCGUGGAGGUUGUAUGCACUUCACAUGUCAUCAAUGUAAAUAUGAAUUUUGUUGUGGUUGUGGAAAAGCUUUUAUGAUGGGUGCAAAAUGUCCUGUAAGCAUUUACUGUGCUAAGCUUGGACUCCACGCUCAUCAUCCUCGAAACUGUCUUUUUUACCUUCGUGACAAAGAGCCUGCCCAACUUCAGGAUCUGUUAAAGAAGAAUGGCGUUGAAUUUAAUACAGAAAAUCGUUCAGGUGAUCGGAAAUGCAAGGUUCAACUGCAAAAAGAAACACCUGCUGGUGUCGUUGACGUUAUUUGUAAUUCUGAUGUUGUAGAAAACCACGCAGGAUUAUGUAGGAUUCAUUAUGUUGAGUAUCUAGUACGACAGAUCCGAUUAUCAAAAUUGGAACCGUUAUCUUUGUUGACAAUAGAUGAUCUUGAGACUUGUGUAAAACGUGCAGGACUCGAACUACCACCUAAUUGGCAGCAUUACAUUGAAUACUUGGCGGGCCUGGUACUCAAGUCUAAGUUGGAUCCAGUGACAAUAUUUGAUUUGAACGAGACCAAACAAGAGUUGCGCCGAAGGGGAAAAGUUCCACCUGCUAAAGGACAAGAAAUGUCUGAGCAAGAUUACCUCAGGGCGUGCAUUCAGGUUGUUCAAAAAGAGAUUCCCUUGGAAUAAUGAUGCUCCAAAAUUCCCAAAUGCUUUUUAUUUAGCUUCGCAAUAAACAGAAAUACAUAUACCAUUGAUUUAUUACUAUUAUUGUUACAAUUCUAUUAUA